AAAGAGAGGAGCGUCGCGCUGAUUGAAAUACAGAGCAACACGUCUCUCUCUCCUCUCGACGAUCUAAAAUCAGCUGCUGCUAGGAGGAGCCGCUCUUGUCCGAUGCGACUCUGAACUUGGGGGAUCGGUUUCAGAGGUUUAAUUCCAUUAAUUUAUAUUUGCAGGCUGACUUGAAACGAUGGACCACGAGGAGACUGGAUGUCAAGCUGCCCCUGAAGGUCCUAUUUUGUGUGUAAACAAUUGUGGGUUCUUUGGAAGUGCAGCUACUAUGAAUAUGUGUUCCAAGUGCCAUAAGGACCUGAUGAUGAAACAAGAGCAGGCUAAGCUUGCCGCAUCUUCCAUUGGAAGUUUUGUCAAUGGAACAUCAAGCAGCCACGGGAAGGAACCUGUCACUGCUAAUCCAGUGGACUCAAAAACUAUAUUUAUUCCAACCCUUAAGUUUAGGUCGGAAAACGACUCUCCUUCCCCCUUUUCUUUUGGGCCAUCGGAGAGUGCUGUGGCAAAACCUAGCCCAGAGUCAUUUACUUUUGGGUCAGGGCAAAGCAGUGAGCCGAAGCCAGAGGGUCCAAAGCGCUGCACUUCCUGCAACAAGCGGGUGGGUUUAACAGGAUUCAAUUGUCGCUGUGGUGACCUUUUCUGUGCAGUACAUCGUUAUUCAGACAAACAUGACUGUCCCUAUGAUUAUCGUACUGCUGGUCGUGAUGCCAUUGCUAAAGCCAAUCCUGUUGUCAAAGCUGAGAAGCUUGACAAAAUCUAAAGUUGGUCUAGUGGAAAGUUUCGUUCUGAGAAAUGAUGCUUGUUUUCAUCCAGAUGAUGGCUUCAGAGUGCUGCGAUACCUUAUAUUUGCCCUUAUUAAGUUAUACCUAUUGGGAGGCAUGGCGGUUUGGACUUGAAGAACUCUGUAUUUGUUAUGGUUGGGAGAAAUUUAUAUGUUGUUCCAGUGUUGCAAGUUGUAGUCUGUGUUGGUUUGGUGGUCGUGGUUAAGGGGUCAUAAUGUAUGUGUCUGUGUUCUGUUAAUAUGGCAUUUCUCUCUUGUACUACUUUUCGGUUGAAAUUCGGAGAUGUGGACAACAAUGUCUGGUAUUGUAUAUUAUCUGUUUCAUGCAUAUUCCAGAUCCUGAGCUUUCAGUUCGGUUGCCAUU